UGUUUCCGGGGAGCACGCAUCCAGCAGCCGGAGGACUCGCUCAAGUGUUUUGGCGCCGAAGUGAAGCGGCCUGGAUGGAGAAGACGGGCGACUGACGCCGUCGCGUAACUCUUUCCAGGCAGGCUACAUGUGAUCCCGCGCAGACAUGAAGCUCGUAGAACAAACUGUCAAGAGCUUCCGCGUUGCCAAAGUGUUCAGAGAAAACUCAGACCGCAUUAACAGCAUUGACUUUGCACCCACUGGAGAGACGCUGAUCUCCAGUUCGGAUGAUGACUCCAUCGUGAUAUACGAUUGUGAGAAAGGAACGCAUAAGCGGACACUGAACAGCAAGAAGUAUGGUGUGGACCUCAUUCACUACACCCAUGCGACAAACACCGCCAUCCACAGUUCCACAAAGGUGGACGACACAAUCAGGUACCUGUCCCUGCAUGACAACAAGUACAUUCGCUACUUCCCAGGCCACACCAAAAAGGUGGUGACUCUGUGCACAUCUCCCGUGGACGACCUGUUCCUGUCGGGUUCUCUGGACAAGUCACUACGGCUCUGGGACCUGCGCUCACCCAACUGCCAGGGGGUGAUGCACCUGACUGGCCGUCCCGUUGGCAACUUUGACCCCGAGGGCCUCAUCUUUGCGGUGGGGCUCAACUCUGAGCUGGUGAAGCUCUACGACCUGCGCACCUUCGACAAGGGCCCCUUCAACACGUUCAAGCUUCCGCAGGACCGGGACUGUGACUGGACGGGGCUCAAGUUCAGUCCCGACGGCAAGAGCAUCCUCAUCUCGACCAACGGGGCCCUCAUCCACCUCAUCGACGCCUUCCAGGGCACACCCCAGCAGACCUUCACGGGCCACAUGAACAACAAGGGCAUUCCUCUGGAGGCAUCCUUCAGUCCAGACUCGCAGUUUGUGUUCAGCGGUUCGACAGAUGGACGGGUGCACGUGUGGAGCACGGCUGAAGGGGGCACGCGCACCGCAGUGCUCAGCUGCGACCACACGGGGCCCGUUCACUGCGUCCAGUUCAACCCCAAGUACAUGAUGCUGGUCUCUGCCUGCACAAACAUGGCCUUCUGGCUACCAAGCAUAGAUGACUUGUGAAACCAUGGCAUGCUGCUGGGUGACUUGCGAGACUGGGAGGCUCAACCAAAUGUUGUGUGCAAAGGGUCCAUCGCCGUGCUUGCGUCUUUGCCGUUGUAACCCACUCUGCUGCCAUCGCUUAAGUUAUUGGAGAUUCGUGAAGAGGACCCUGCUUUGCCCACCAUUUUCAUGAAUGAUUGCUUGUGUCGCUGCCCGAAUUCAUCGAUCUCAGCGUCGUCCUCCGAUAUCACUGGGCUGCAUUCUUUUGAUACGGUUGGUUUAGGGAAGUGCUUUCAGGUCGGCAAAUUCCAAUCCCUGCCAGAAGAAAAAUUAGCCAUUUUUUUCCAGCAGAAGUAAUCCAAGCGCGAUGACACACUCUGGGUCUCGAUCACAGCGUUGCGAUGAAUGUGAUCUGCCGAUCGAAAAUGACGGGUGGAAUUCGAGCCCUGUAUUGUGCCGCCAAGACUGACGCUUCAAAUGAACCAGGGAUGUUUAGCUUUAAGGUGCACUCUUGUUCCACUGCAGUGAACCAUCAUCGUUCUUGAAUUGCCAAGUGAAACGGUUGAUAUGUGGCAGGGAGCUGUACGUAGCGCAGGAUAUGCCUACUUCAUUUAAUAUUUUAGGCUCUUGGAUGCAACUGUGCGUUGCGCUGUUUUCAUAACAAAAACCUAGUGGUUUUCUUGUUGCCCUCUAGUGCGUGUGAUGUUAUUGAUGGGUAAAAAGAAAGGACUGUGCCAUGCUUGGGGCAACGAGUGCUGGUGGAUGAGUGACAGCUGUUGUUGUGGUCAUCUUGCGUACCUUGGUGAAAGUGCUGUAUUUGUGAGCGCAAGGUCUGUGCCCUUCUUGUCAAAAGCUGCCCCUCCCCUUCCUUCUUCAUAGCUGUUUUGUUUUCAUUCGUUGUUGUCAGUUUUUAGCCCACUGUUUUUUUUUUGUCACCAUAUCAUUUGCAUCAAUGAAAGCUUCUUUUUUGUUAAGCCUGUGUUAUGGCCCUUUCUGGAUUUCUGUUUUGUGAAGUACCUUUAGAGAGCCAUCAGUUGUUUGUCAUGGAAUGCCCAUAAAGACACAUCUCUCUUGUAUGCUAUGGUUUACUCUGUGUCUGUGUCAUAUCUGUCACUUGCACCAUAGUGUCGUGUUCACUAAAGCAGGUCUGUAAAACAUAAACCUAGUGGCAAUGCAACUUUCAUAUCCUUGCAUAAAUUGUUCACCACAAUAUG